UUGUUGUAAGAUGGCGGAGUGUGUAAAGCACAGUUUGGAGCCGGAGCAGAAACGGCGCAGGACUGGGUCUGGGUCUGGGACCAGAAUCGGAAUCGGGGCUGGGACCGGGACCGGGGCCGGGGCGGAGGGCGAUGCGCCGGACAGAUUGGAACAGUUCAAAUUCGACAACUUCCACCUGGAGAAAAUCCUGAGGGAGAACGCGCGGGACAAGACAAUGUUCAUUCACGGCAAGGUUGGAGAAGAUGGUGGUGAUGUUCGAGAUGCAGUGAUCAUUCUAGAGAAGACACCUUUCCAGGAGGAUACUUUGCCACAGCUUCUGAAUAGAAAUGCAGAUCUUCAUCUUCAGAUGAAGAAUGACAUCUACAGCACACAUUACCUUCAUCCGCUUCCAGCCCUCAAUGAAAUAAAGACCACAGUUAUAUAUCCAGCUACAGAAAAGCAUAUCAAGAAAUAUUUGCAGCAGCAGAUGCACCUCGUCAAUGAAACAGCAGAUGACUACAGAACCAUUACUGCUCCUUACCUUCAAUCCCAAACCUUCAGUGUUCAGUGGGUGUACAACAUUCUGGAAAAGAAGGCAGAAGUGGAGCGAAUAAUUCAUGAACAUCCAGAUCCAAAAAAUGGUUUCAUUCUUAUUCCAGACUUCAAGUGGAAUCAGAAGCAGGUUGAUGACUUGUAUCUGAUUGCUAUUUCCCACUGCCGUGAUGUGAAGUCGCUGCGGGAUCUAACGGCAGAGCACCUGCCAAUGUUACAGACUAUACUGCAGGAGGGACAGAAUGCCAUCUCCAAACGAUAUAAUAUUCCAAAAAGCCAGCUGAGGAUUUACCUCCAUUAUCAACCCUCCUACUACCACUUCCAUGUUCAUUUCACUGCUGUUGGCUAUGAUGCUCCAGGAACCAUGGUAGAACGCGCACAUCUACUUUCCAACGUCAUAGAGAAUCUGCAGUUCGACCCGGAGUACUACCAGAAACGAACCCUGACAUUUGCCUUGAAGGCUGAUGAUCCCCUGUUGCAGAAAUUUAAAGAGCACGGAAGAAUAUAGAUGAGAGACACUUUUGUUCGUGCACAUUUGGUCUUUUGACAUGAUACAUCUUGAUGGUGCACGGUGAGUUUUAUAAAUAUCAUCAAUGGAGAUACAUUGCAUUUGAGCAAGCGGACUUGUGGACUGAUCUCUGUUUAUUCAUAACAUAAAGAAUUUUUGUUAAACCAGAUCAGAGUAAUUUUUGAAGUUAUGCCAUUAAAAUAUUGCUUGCCAAAAUUUGGGUACAGGUUUCCCCUGCCAUCUGAAGAUAAAGCAUUCCUAUGAAACUGUUCGUAAGCCAAAAUGUUGUAAAGCGAAGGAGCAAUUACCAUUUAUUUAUAUGGGAAAAUUUUGUGAGCGUUCGCAGACCCAAAAAUAACCUACCAAAUCAUGCCAAAUAACACAUAAAACCUAAAAUAACAGUAACAUAUAGUAAAAGCAGGAAUGAUAUGAUAAAUACACAGCCUAUAUAAAGUAGAAAUACUUUUCCACAAUCAUUACUGAACUGUUCUCUGUAGCGAAAAUCUCACGCAAGCGCCGUUGGCAGAAAAUCUCACGCAAGUGCUGUUGGCAAAAACACGGCGCAAGCGCUCUCCAGUAACCUUUAAGCUAUGAAGCUGCCAAAUCAUAUCAAAUAACACGUAAAAAUACACAGCCGAUAUAAAGUAGAAAUAAUGUAUGUACAGUGUAGUAUCACUUACCGGAAUCGGGAUAGCACAGAGCACACUGAUGAUGGCGUGUUAGGCUGAGUCAUCGCAGGUUGGGUGGUGCGGUGGACCCCACUCUCCGGGCCACCAACCGAUACAUUGCCGCGAAGCACGCAGGGGUGC